UUUUGAGGUUCUUGUCGUCCGAUCCUCUUGUUACGACGAUGGACGCAAAUCUCACAAAGCUUGGUAGUUCUCUUCUAGUCCCAAGUGUUCUAGAGUUGGCAAAAGAGGCCAUAAGUGAAGUCCCAACUCGCUAUGUCCGUACCGACCAAGAUUAUAUGUUCAUGCAUGAUGAUCAAGCAACUUCGUGGCUUCAAGUACCAGUAAUUGACCUGAGCAAGCUAUCCUCAAGCAAUGACCAUACCAUGGAGUCCGAGCUUGAAAAGUUGCACGCUGCAUGUAGAGAUUGGGGAUUCUUCCAGUUGAUAAAUCAUGGAGUGAGUUGUUCAUUGGUUGAGGAGGUGAAGUCCGGUAUACAAGAGUUCUUCAAGCUUCCAAUAGAGGAGAAGAGGAAGUUUUGGCAAGAAGAAGGAGACAUGGAGGGUUUUGGGCAGGCGCUUGUCGUGUCGGAGGAGCAAAAGCUUGAUUGGGCCGACCUAUUUUUCAUGGUGUCCCUCCCAAGACAUUUGAGAAAACCUCACCUUUUUCCCUUGCUUCCUUCGCCGUUCAGAGAUGUCUUGGACGAAUACUCCUCGAAGCUACGAGACCUUGCAAUGAAGAUUCUCCUCCUCAUGGCAAAAGCUCUGAAGAUGGACACCAAGGAGAUGAUGGAACUGUUUGAUGAGGGCAGGCAAUCCAUUAGGAUGAACUAUUACCCUCCGUGUCCGCGACCCGACCUCGUCAUCGGCCUCACUCCUCAUUCUGACUCCGCAGGCCUCACCAUUCUUCUCCAGGUCAAUGAAGUGGAAGGUCUCCAAGUAAGGAAACAGGGCAAGUGGGUCCUCGUCAAGCCCCUUCCCGAGGCUUUCGUUGUCAAUGUCGGAGACAUUUUAGAGAUUGUGACGAAUGGUACUUAUCGUAGCAUCGAGCACCGAGCAAUAGUUAACUCAACGAAGGAGAGGCUCUCAAUUGCCAAAUUUUACAGCCCGAAAUUGGAAGAGGAAAUUGGUCCUGCACCUAGCCUAAUCACACCAGACAAGCCGGCACUGUUCAGAAGAAUCGGCGUUGCUAAUUACUUGAGGGGACUCUUCUCUCGUGAGCUUGAAGGGAAGUCAUAUCUUGAUCUUAUGAGAAUGGUUCAGCCUGAGGAAAAUAAAGGGAAUUCAAUUGGCCAUUGAGGAAACGAAACAAUACUAGCUUUCUCAGUCCCUCUUUGCUUUUGUUAAUC